UGAAUAAGAAGGUGUGAGUCAGUGGAAGGAGGCUACUUGGCUACGUUUAAGCCGUCACAAGUGUCCUUCAAGUCGGUGGACGGCGAUCCGGUGGCUAUUUCUAAUCAACCGAAACAACCCCAAUUCAAUUUCUGCUCAGACGACGGUGGAAGACAUGGAAGGGGAUGGAAAAAAGGUGGUGACGGAAGGAGUUGACUGCAAGAUUCCGGUAACGGAGGCGUGGCUGAGGAAGCACCGUUUACUUUACAAUGGUGCCACCAAACACCCGUUUAUCCGCAGCAUCCGUGACGGAUCUGUUGAUUUCACUUCUUUCAAGAGAUGGCUGGGACAGGAUUAUAUAUUUGUAAGAUCGUUGGUUCCUUUUGUGGCAAGUACAUUGGUGAAGUCUUGGAAGGAAUGUGGUGAUGGUUUGGAUAUGGAAGUGAUAUUAGGUGGUAUGGCUUCUUUAAACGACGAGAUCAAUUGGUUCAAGAAAGAAGCUUCCAAGUUUCAUGUUUCCCUGACCAACGUCAUCCCUCAAAAGGCAAACAUCAAAUAUUGCAGAUUUCUAGAGAGCCUUACGAGUUCUGAAACCGAAUACGCGGUGGCAAUCUCGGUGUUUUGGGCCAUCGAGGUGGUGUAUCAAGAAAGCUUUGCUCAUUGUCUUGAAGAAGGCGGUACGAUUCCGCAAGAGCUACAAGAGACUUGUGAACGUUGGGGCAACGAAGCUUUUGGAGCUUACUGCAAGUCGUUGCAAGAUAUCGCUAAUCGUUGCUUGCAUAAAGCAUCGGCUGAGGUAAUCUCGAAAGCGGAGGUAUCUUUUCUACGUGUCCUUGAACAUGAAGUCGAGUUUUGGAACAUGAGCGUUGGAGAAGCAGGAGUUUAAUUAGGGAGAAAAAUAAGCUCGAAAAGUAUGUAGCAAGUAUGGUAAAUGUGGUGCUGUAUCCUGAAUCGUGUCUAUGUUUUCGUUCCAUACAUAUUCAUCUUGAUAAAUGCAUAAACCCUAUAAAAAGGAUGGAAUGACUUUGCCU